AUGGCAGUUUUCACACCACUGGGAUUCGUGAGAUUGUUCGGCGUGGUGGGUGGCGUACUUGUAAAGCCACAGUUUCUAAGGGAUCUCAAUGAAGAGUAUUAUGUCUACUCGUUUGAAGAGAACACCAUACGGCGACGAAUUAACAACUCACUGGCGACGGGUGUUGGAUACAUAUCACCAGAACCAAUGUAUCCAGAUAGAGGUGAUAUAUCAGCCCCUGUGAAUCCGGACAUUUCUAAUUUAAAGGAGAAAAAAUCGUCAUCUGAAGGAAAGGAUACCCCACUCUUGAGACUAAAAAACGGAGCUCUACAAGCUGGAUUAAACGAGAGGCUCCAGAGAGUUGUUGCCAUGAGAAAGCAAGUAGAGAACCAAAGGAAGACAUCAUCACUGCAACGUAACGUUGUGUACCCGCUGGCCAUGUUGCUCCUCCUCGCGCUCACCACCAUAACGGUGCUCAUGGUGCUGCAGAACACCCUAGAGCUGCUCAUCGGGAUUAAAGCUUUACCACUAAGUACAAGGCAAUUCACGCUCGGAAUCGCAUCACUAUCUAAACUCGGUUGGGCCGGAGCGACACUGGAGGCGUUUCUAAUACUAUAUUUGCACGCGGCGUCGCUCACCGGCCUCAGCAUCCCGAUGCGAGCGCUACGCGUGUUGCCUCGAGCUAAACGAACUCCUCUCACAAGAAUCAUAGCUCUGUGUACAGUUUUACUCGCUCACUCUACAGCACAGCCCUUAUUAGUGAAGAUAUUAGGUAUAACAAAUUUCGACCUGCUGGGCGAGUUCGGACGGAUAGAAUGGCUGGGGAACUUCAAGCUAGUGUUGCUAUACAACGCUAUAUUCGCGGCCACGGUCACGCUCUGCCUCGUGAGCAAGUUCACCGCCAGCGUGCGCCGCGAACUGUACAACAGGUUUAAAUGGAUUGCUGAUAUUUUUAAAAUUCGUGAAGACAUGCCAAUUAAAGCUGCAUCAGUGCCACGGAACUCUAUCGAGAGAACAGUAAUUACAGAAAAGACUGAAUCAAACCCGGAUAAUAAUUCCGGACAUUUGAAAUCUGAG